AUGUCCGACGAGCAGGAGAUAUCCGACGAGCAGGAUCUCUCCGACGAGCAGAAUAACUCAGACGAGCUGGAGAUAUUCGACGAGCAGGAUCUCGCCGACGAGCAAGAUCUCGCCGAUGAGCAGGAUCUCCCUGACGAGCAGGAGAUAUCCGGCGAGCAUGAUCUCGCCGACGAGCAAGAGAUAUCCCACGAGCAGGAUCUCUCCGGCGAGCAUGAUCUCGCCGACGAGCAGGAGAUAUCCGACGAGCAGGAUCUCUCGGACGAGCAGAAAUCCUCUGACGAGCUGAAUAACUCAGACGAGCUGGAGAUAUCCGACGAGCAGGAUCUCGCCGACGAGCAAGAUCUCGUCGACGAGCAGGAUCUCCCUGACGAGCUGGAGAUAUCCGACGAGCAGGAUCUCGCCGACGAGCAAGAGAUAUCCGACGAGCAGGAUCUCUCCGACGAGCAGCAUACCUUUGACGAGCAGGAUCUCGCCAACGAGCAGCAGAUAUCCGACGAGCAGGAUCUCUCCGACGAGGAGAAUACCUCUGACGAGCAGAAUAACUUAGACGAGCAAGAGAUAUCCGACGAGCAGCAUACCUUCGACCAGCAGGAUCUCGCCGACGAGCAGGAGAUAUCCGACGAGCACGAUCUCUCCGAUGAGCAGAAUACCUCCGACAAGCAGAAGAUAUCCGACGAGAAGGAUCUCGCCGACGAGCAGAAUAACUCAAACGAGAAGGAGAUAUCCGACGAGUAG